AUAACCUCAUGUUUGGAGAGGUUCAGAGCCAGUUGGGAAAUACAAUGAAGUCUCACCAUAGUACGAUUCUUGAUGAGCUUCUAAAUACUGUGAUUUCAGAUGAAAAUGACCAACUUAUGCAAAACGGUCCUUCAUAUCAUCAUCAUAAUAAUAAUUCAUCAUUUUUAUCUGAGAGCACUGUUGAUAGUUUGAAUAACAAUGAGGUAUGGACUGAUAUUAACCAACAAACACAUGUACAAGAUAAUAAUGUUCAGGUUAUUGGAGAUGAAUCAAAUUUGGCCAUGGCUUCACUGUCACAACAUUGGUUACCAUUAGAACUGCAAAUGCCGGUGCCAAUUCAAAUGCCUUCUAUCCACCUCGAACAACAACAACAGAUGAUAGGGUUAUGUCCGAAUUUCAAUGUUGCGCAAUCAGUUUAUGAGAAUAAACCGAUGGACAUUGAUUACUCCGAAAAUCCACUCGCUAUGUCAAUGCCAAUAUCAUCUACAUGUUCAGAUUCAAACGGAGACGUUGUUGCUGCUGCUGGUAUCGGCAUUGGCGUUGGCGUUGGAAGGAUGCAAGAGAACUUGGAUGAGAUGAUGGAGAAGUCUGUUGAGAGGAAACAGAAGAGAAUGGCGAAGAACCGCGAAUCUGCGGCUAAGUCUAGGGCAAAGAAACAGGAACACAUAAAUAAGUUAGAGAUGGACAAAUUUCGAUUGAAGAAAAUAAAUAAGGAACUCGAAAUGAGAAAGAAAAUAGAUCAAGAGUUUUUUUCAAAUCUCAAACCAAGAUACCAACUAAGACGUACCAGCUCAGCAAAGUUCUAG